UCAAAGCAAAAAAUCUAUUUAACUUCUGAUUAGUAUUAAGCAGAUAACCUGGAUAUUCUUUAGAAUAUUCAGCCAAGGAAGGAAGGUAUUUGAAAUAAAACAGAUACAAUAGCUGUUCUUGAUACCAGCAGCUUAUUUCUUGUCUUCUAGGCAAAUAAGAGAACUGAGGGCCGAGUCUAUUCUGCUGCACUACCCCAAAAACGUUCAGGGGUAACAAAACUUGAUGUUUGGAUUCUAAAAAGACUUAUUACACUUAAUAGACAGGCAACUUUACACCUGCUGCUGAGUUGUUUUCCUAUUUUAGUUUGGCAGUUGUUUGGAAGGUUCCUAAUCCGUUGUCAAGUAUCUGUAAUAAUUUGGCUCUGAUCCCGUUCCUUAUAUUUUCCGGCAAAGAUCCCUUUGCCAUAAAGAGGUCCACGCUCUCAAGAGCGCUUCCAAAAGGGGAUGAACCGCCAUUCCGUUUACCGUGGUCGCUAUGGCAACAGACCAGACCCGCCAUAUUGUUAUGAACGUUUCCAUGGCAACAAACGCGCUAGCAACCGCCACAUCGUUUGAUUUGGUAUCUACAGGGACCAGGACGUCUCCCUUUGAGCAACUUGUCUGUCGAGCCGGCCGAACAAAGAAACGAAGCCCGCUUUGCAGGCAUGACGAACCAUUUAGGCCUGGAGGACUUGAAUCUGACAGGAGAAGAAGCCGAGUGCCUGACGAACGCUUUCAAGGAGGAGGGAUUCCGCACUCUUUUCGCGGAAUACGUGGCCGAACUGAACGAUCCCGAACAAAGGGCCAUUUAUGAGGUCGAAGUGAUAGCUAUGGAGCGGCAGCGGGGCGUCGAAGCCCGCUUCCUCCACCCCACACCCGGUUGGGUCCUGCGCACGAGCCAGGGUGGUAGCCGGCGCUGUUACAUCAACAUCUGCAGCAACCGGCUAAUCGGGAGGCCGGAGUUUCGGCCAGAGCCUGGAGGUUCCUGCUGGUUACUGCCACACUCCUUAGCACCGGGCCGCGAGGAACUGAGCCGCAAACAGCCGCGUGGGCCACGCCGCCUGGUCUACGACGUCGUCUUCCACCCGCGCACCCUGAGCUUGGCCGGCCGCAUGACCCAAUUCCGCCGCCUGGUGAACGACACGGCCUUGGAGGCGAUAGAGAAAAAUUUCUCCCCGCAACUGGACCGCACGAACGCCGUCCCCCUCAACCGCAUCAAGUAUAAGGGCGUUCCGCAGGCCACGCUGCUCCGGACGCCGCUGGCCGCAGGAGCUCGACCGUCCCCAGAAGAGGCUGGAGAGCCAGACGAUUCCCCCUUGCCGCCUUUCCCUUCGCCCUACACCUAUCCGCCGCCCAGCCCGCAGUACGAAGCUCCGAGACCCCCUCCGCCCAAGCAACCCCCGUCUGCCACUACUCCGCAAUGGAGUCUCCGGCACCGCUCCUACGUCGACCUUCAGGAUUAUCGCAACAGCCGGGACUCCACGCCUAGCCCGAUCCCCCGCGAGUUGGUGAUGACCAUUGAACUGCCGUUGCUCAGCUCUGCCGCCCAGGCCCAGCUGGAGAUCCUUGGCCAGGAACUCCAGCUGGACUCGCAGCGCCCUGCUGCCUACCAUCUGCGCGUCCCGUUGCCCUACGCAGUGGACGAGAGCCGUGGCCGGGCCACCUUCAACAAAGCCAAGAAACAACUGGUGGUCGUCUUGCCGGUUUCGCGGAAGCCUGACCCGGGGUUUCCUUUCAGCGUUCAAGCUGCGGAGGAGCAAAUCGAGGCUUCGCCGGAAAACGAGGAGCAGCUGCCAGAAGACAGCUGCAUCAGCCCGGAUAAGGACGGUGCGGAAGUGUGUCAAAAGACCAGCUGUUCUGAGCAGCCGCUUCCCGUUCUUGCGUCCGACGUAGAAAUAACUCCGACGCCCUCUUUGGCUGUUGCUGCAACCAAUGAUGCUGUGGAUGCUGCUUUACUUUCUGACUUGAACGGCCCAGUUCCGCUCAGUGCCCACGAACGCCCUAGACGUAACAAUCUGGAGUUUUCGAUGCAUGCGGGAGAAGAACACCCCGUCGUUUCUUGUGCUUCUGAAUUUAGUGCUGCACUUCCCGUGUGCAGCGAGAACAAUAGUGAAGGGGAUCCGGAUUUAACCAGAAGCAGUAACAACGUGAUCUUGGGUGCACAGCCUGAAGGUACCGGCUUAGAUUCCCUUUCCACCUCUCUGCAUACUGACCACACUUGGAAGCUCCAUACAGAUCCUGCUGUUUCUUUAAAUCAGGAACAUCUCUGUACCGACAUGGAACUUAAUAAAAAUCCCAACAUCGCUAAUGUUGAACUCCCAUUGUGUCCAGAUAACAGCACAAUCCCGUGUAAAUGGCCCUCUGAUAGCUUGGAUCAUUCGGAGACAAUUUUGUCAACUGACAAUCUAGAUCAGAGUACAGAGUUUUCUGGAAACUCAGAUACAGCAAACCCAACUACUACUAACCACGUGGAACAUUCUGUUUUAUAUCCUGGAAAGAGACCCACUGUUUCUUCAGUUCAGUCUUCACAAAAGCUUGAAGUUGCUGUAGAUACUCAUAUAACUUCUACUUGCAUUCCUGAUCCUUCAAUAUCUCCUGCCAGCGCUCUGUGUCCUCCUUUUAACUGUACUCAAGAUGAAAAGUCUUUGGUGAUCCUCUUACAGGUUCCAGAUAUUGUUCCCCUGAGUUUCCAAGGGGAAGUGGGCACAAAUUACUACUCGGUGAAUUUUGCAAACAGAGACUCUAUUUCCUACAGUUUCCUAUUGCAGUUUCUUCCUGAAAAUAAAUUAUCUUCUCCAGAAAGUGAAGUUAAUGUAUCACCUAAUAAUGUUGUCAUUAUCCUCACCAAAUCACCUGAAACCACUGGAAUUUGGACAAAGUUUUACUUUGGUUCAAAUUAUGCUACUUUACAGGAAAGGUGGUUUAUCACUGAAAACAAUGUUGAUAAGUUUGUCAGUCACCCAGGGAUGUGCUGCUCCAGUCAAUCGGAGAAGGAACACAAGCCAUUAAUUGAAGUAUUGGGUGUCUCUGAGGGCAAAAGCCAGAUCAGAUUAAAGCAGAUAGAGAAUGGUAGCCUCGAACUUGGCAGAAGAGAAAAAAGAGAGGGCAGUGAACAAGAACAAGAAGAUGGCAAACUUUUAACAGAUGAAGAAAAUUCCUCUGAACAAACCAAGAGUGUUUCAGGUUCAUUUGUAGCUAUGCAGGCAAUGGGGCAAGUUGGCAAGGGAUCAAGCUAUUGUAUGGAGCUUGACCCUGGUGAUCCCAGUGGGAGGAUUCUGGGGAAGUUGCAGAUAAAUAAAUUACAUGAGUCAGGACUUACUUUUGCAACAAGCAAAAGAGCCACGUCCUCAGUGCAAGCUGAGCUCCAGGAGGGAGAGGAAGUGAAUGAACAGAAGAAGUCCUCACAGAACAAAGAGUUGAACAGGUUAGCUCCCACUGUGUUAAAGGAAACUAACAUGCAAGAUGGUAGCGUGGAAUAUACAAGCUGUCACAGAACACAGUGUGCAGCCACCUUUGAAAAUGCUUUGCUGUAUGAACUGGAUUAAAUCAGUUUCAUAAGACUCUUACCUGAGUCUUCAGCUACCUCAAAUUCUGCACUUACUAUAAAGUAUACAAAAAGUCAAAGCUAUACAGAAAUUGAAAUUCAAUUGCUGGAAGAAAAAAGGAACAGAAACUGCUUGUUUCUUAAUUUAGUUGUAAGAUUCAGAUGUGACCAAUUUGUUACUGAAUUUCAAAAAGAAAUGGGCAGUUCAUUGAAGCUAAACAGAUUUCUCAGGCAAAUCCUGAUCCGAAUUAGAUGGCACAAGUUAGGAAAGCAUGCAGAAUGUGCAAAAAAUCUGCAAACACCUUGACUUAUAAGUAAACUGUAAACAUGUUUUGCUUAAUAUCCCAUUCUUCUGUUUUCUCCAGUUUUCAGCCAAAUGGCAAAUAAUAACCCAUUAAACGUUCUCCAAAACUAGAUGACAUUUUACACACAGCCUUUGCUGUUAGAUUGCUUUCAACUAUUUACACAGCUUGAGUGUUCUCAUGUUAACUAGCAUCCUACAGGUAGGGAAGAGAAUAAAGAUUAUUAACAAUUCAUUACUAAUUAAUUGCUAAUUUUUUCAGUCUUUUGGGAGCCCUUGUAAUGUCUCAGUCACAUUGGGGAAAUUCUUCAAGUGGUAUGAAAAAGUGGUAAUUGUAAAAUGAAAUCAUUGAAACCAAAUGGAUUUAUUUGUAACAUGGCUAGGAUUCUAAUGCUGCCGGAUUGUCAAUUUCAUUUACUUAAAUUUUCAAAGAAUUUAAAAGCUUAAUUUAAAGACAUUUUGUAAGCAUUGUCCUAUUUUGUCACAACAACCAGUGGCAGGUUCAGUCUGUUUUUGUCACGUGUAAGUCAUGUAAGUGUAAGUAAUGUCAUUAAAUAAUCAUGGAAAGACUUACCUAUGCAAACAAUAAGAUAGGUACCUCCAUAAAAAUAUAUUCUUAGAUACUACUGUAUGUAUUUGAAAUUGUUAUCCUUUUGAAUAUGCAGAUCACAACAUUAAAACUGUCUUAUUGAAAUCCAGUUAAACUAUCAUUAUAUCCAAAACUACACAGUACGCAAUAACAGAGAACUGUUCUAAAUGUCAACUUAAUUAAAUUUCCUUGCUUAAGCCAACUUCUAAUUAUGCCCCAGAAUUAUCCAUUAGGUGGAAAAUGGCCUUGGUGCUGUUGAUAAUUUACUGGAAAUUAGCAAGCGACAGCGCACAGAGCAAACACUACAAAGUCAAGAUUAAAGUUUCCAUGAAGUAAAUGAACUUUCAUCAGUGACAUGUGGUUCCUAGUUAUGCUUAGUUUUAACUGGAUUGUUCCAUUUUGCAGAUAUUACAAACCAGAAAUUUUAACAAAACUCACUUCUAAAUAAGAAUGAUUUAAAGCAGUUUGCAGUCUUUCAUCUAUUUAUCUUAAAAGUUCUGUCUGCGUAUUCAAAUGAAACUGUAGUAAGAAAUUUUGUAAAAUCUAAUAAAUCCUUCCUUUUGUAAUCCUAAAAAAUAUCUUUAUUUCAGAAAGGCAAAAAAACAAGAUACGGAAAGCUGUUGUAGUUUUUCUGUUAAUUCCUCCUAGUUUAAUACGACCUGGAUCUCACUUUUAAAAUACAAUUUAUCAAAAAUAUAUUUUAAAGACUAAGCUAGUUUGUCCCAGUUAUUUCUGUUAUCUGUUUGGACAAGUAAUAAAUUUUGGAUUUUCUUUUAUUAAAAACUAAAGAUGUAUUUUAGGACAUUUGUUGGCAUAAUGAACUUUUAUGUGGGUUGCCAGAAGAAAUUUGAGACAAAUUCUAUCGUAGAGCUGAACAUAUAGUUUAAUUAAAUUGUGACCGUUUCCAAGCAAGGUUUUUUAGGGUAUUAAGCCUAGAAUGUUCUAGUUAUUUUUCUAACAUUCAGAUUCUGUAUUCAAUGCUCUAUAAUUAUAUUAGGCUGCCAAAUCUAAAAAUUAGACUAUUUCAAUAGGAAGUAAAUAAUAUAUUUUUAAAAAGAACUGUUUACAUGUUAUUUUUAGCAUUGCAUUAUAACAUUUCUGUACUGAGAAUUUUAAUUUGUGAUAUUUAAUUCAAAUAAAAUGGAUCCUAUCAGACCAUUGAAA